AUGGCGAACGAUCUUCAACCGGAACCGUACGAUUAUGGCGUCGUGGUACACGAAGCGCCAAAAUUUGAUCUUGCCGCCUACAUCUCCAACUACAGAGGUCGAACCGUGUUCCGGCGACUUCACCUCAUCGCAUCAUGUUCUACGUAUCUGGCGGAGGAGGCCGCUCGAAUGGCCGUUCUCGAGGCGAAGAAAGGUAGCGAUGUCCGCAACUACCUGGAAGCAUUGGCACUGUUGGAGCGAGUGUCAAGAGGCAAGAACCCAGACCACUUGUUGGAUCCAGCAUGGGCUUCUCAGCAAGAAAAGAAGAACGUCGCCGAAACCGCCCGUCUGGAAAGUGAGUUGAAGGGAUACAAGAACAAUCUGAUCAAGGAGAGCAUACGAAUGGGAAAUGAAGAUUUGGGUACUCACUACUAUACAAUUGGGGACUUGAACAAUGCAGUCAAAGCCUAUUCCCGCAUGCGAGACUACUGCACUACGGCAGCUCAUAUCACGUCCACUGCGUUCCGAAUCAUUGCUGUUGCGAUCGAACAGCGCAAUUGGCUGGCUGUUCAAUCUCAGGUGCAGAAGGUUAAGAACAUUCAGCUCAAGCCGGAAGACAUGGCAAGAAACCAACCAAAAAUUCAAACGGCCGCGGGUCUCCAGCAAAUGUCGAAUCGUGAUUACGCCGAUGCUGCCGAAAGCUUCCUCAGUACUGACCCCAGCUUGGGAGAUCAUUACAGCGAUGUUCUGACGAGCAACGAUGUGGCCGUCUAUGGUGGCCUGUGUGCGCUGGCGUCCAUGUCUCGCUCGGACCUGCAGACCAAAGUGCUGGAAAACAGCAGCUUUCGCAAUUUCCUUGAACUGGAGCCGCACAUUCGUCGGGCCAUCAGCUUCUUCUGUGCAAGCAAAUACAGCCAAUGUCUGGAGAUCCUCGAAUCCUACCGGGCGGAUUAUCUCCUGGACAUCUAUCUACAGCCCCUCGUUGCCGACAUUUACACCAGAAUCCGGACUAAGAGUAUUGUUCAAUACUUGCAGCCCUUUAACAAGGUCACCUUGGCAAGCAUGGAGCGGAUGUUUGGGCGGGCCUCGCCGUCGAACGGAGCUUCAAACGGAGCUACAACAGGAGGUAUCCUGCAGGAGAUCGUCUCGUUGAUCCAAGACGGCCGGCUCGGUGGCCGGAUAGAUAUGGAGCGUGGAGUCCUGGAAACAGUCGAACACGACGCCCGGGCUGAGUCCCAGCAGGCUGCACUGGACAUGGUGGACGCCUUUAUUCAGGAAGCCCGCAUGAAACUGAUUCGGUUGCAAGUCAUCAAUGCUGGGCUCGAGGUCAGGCCGGCUCCUAAGAAGAAAGCAUGGGGUACAGAUCAAGGGGACGGUAAGUGGAUGGACGAAGGCGACGGAGCAUUCUUGGGCCCGGGCGGCAGAGACAUCAUGGGAAACGAUCUUGAAGGACCGACAUCCUCUCAACGCAAAGGCGGAUAG